AUGUCACCUACAGCAGCCCCCGCCAUCGUUGACAUCCCAAACCCGCAACCAUACUACAGCUACAACCAAACCACCCAGACAUGGAACCCGGUGCAAACAGAUACCACUCAAGAAGCGACAAGUACGAGCACAGUUCCCCUCAAAGCCUUCACCCUAACAACCUGGAACAUCGACUUUCAAGAGCCCUGCAAAGCAGAGCGGACUCAAGCGGGCCUAAACUAUCUUUCAAAGAUCCUACUCAAACCCAGUGACGACAACAAUAGAGAAGCCACGCCAGUAAACAUAAUCUUCCUCCAAGAAAUGGUUCUCAGAGACCUAGCCGUCAUCCAACAGACCAAAUGGGUCCAGGAUCACUUCUUCAUUACCGAUCUGAGCGACACACACUGGAUACACGGCUACGGAACGACGACCCUGAUCGACAAGCGGUGUCAUGUGCAGCGGGUGUUUAGGGUCCCAUUUUCCAUGUCCAGAAUGGGGAGAGAUGGGCUUUUCGUGGACUUAGAUUGUGUUCAGGGUCAAGAAGGUGGCCGUAUUGAUGAGAUUGGAACCCUCCGUCUCUGCAACACCCAUCUUGAAAGUCUCCUCUCCAUCCCCCCAAUUAGACCCAGACAAAUCUAUCUCGCUUCGCAGUUCAUGCAUAGCUCUGGACCAGGAGAGGCCAACGUACCCACUCCGCACGCGGCUAUAUUAGCCGGUGACCUCAACGCCUUUGCGCCUGAAGAUCUCACCGCACCGAAUGACAGCAAGCUCCGUGAUGCGUUUCUGGUUCUUGGUGGGAAGGAUGGCACGGAGGAAAGCUUCACGUGGGGCCAGCAGGUUCCCGAUUGGAUGAGGGAUAAGUAUGGAUGUUCUCGUAUGGACAAGGUUUUAUUUUGUGGCGGGUUGGAGGUGGAGAGCUUGCAGAGGAUUGGAGCUGGGCAGACGGUUUGGAUCGAGUAUCCGCAAGUGAGUGAUGGGGAGAGUGACGAUGGGAAAGGAGAGGAAAUGUGGAUUACGGAUCAUUUGGGAUUAUCUGCUGAGUUUAGGAUUACAGGCUAA